UGCCGUUAACACACAACCUGCUCUCCAUCCCAGUCUGAGAGUUGUACAUGAUCGAAUAAGAUUCUUUAACAUAUAGUGGAAUAUUCUUAAAAGUGUUCGUUCACAUAAUUAAUCGUACACAAAGACGUUUGUGUCUUCGACAUAUAGGACUUCGUAUAUCCUAUUUAUAAACCUCAUGCCCUGUGUUACUAGUCAGCUGAUUUGGUCUAUGACACCAUGAGAACGAUUUUAAGUUCUCUUUCUCCUGGACUUAUUCUCUUAACCUUUAGAUGGAUGUGUCUUGUGGCUGAAAAUAUCAGCACACCUCUCGAAGGAAUAGAAUUUAGUUCAGAAAUAUUUACUAGAACUGAAAGGAGUUUUGGUGGUUCUAAAGUGGAACCACCUUCGAGACCAAAUUCUUAUUGGGAUGAUCCACAUUAUCGUCCUUCAUUCGACAAUACUACAGAAAGGAACGUUACAGCUCAGCUAGGAAAAACUGCAUAUUUACAUUGUCGUAUACGCCAACUUGGAGAUAGAACAGUAUCCUGGGUAAGACAGAGGGAUCUUCACAUUCUUACAGUUGGACGUUAUACAUAUACGAGUGAUCAAAGAUUUACAUCACUUCAUAUGGAUGACUCCGAAGAUUGGACAUUGGAAAUAAGAUUUGCACAAAAAAAAGAUGCUGGUGUUUAUGAAUGCCAAAUAAGCACAGAACCAAAAAUGAGUCUCAGUAUAACUCUAAAUGUUGUAGUGGCUAAAGCAACAAUUCCAGAGGGGCCACAUUUAUAUAUACAAAGUGGCAAUACCAUAAACUUAACCUGCAUUAUUACCGAAAGUACAUCACCGCCAGUCUAUGUUUUCUGGUACCAUGACGAUAAAGUAAUUAAUUACGAUUCUACAAGAGGAAUACGUGUAGCUACAGAAAAAGGUCCUACAACAAUCAGCAGACUUCAGAUACACAAUGCUCAUCCAUCUGAUUCUGGAAAUUACUCCUGUGUACCUUCGUACGCAGAUCCAGCUAACAUCACUGUGCAUGUCCUGAAUGGAGAAAAACCAGCAGCCAUGCAACAUGGUCGCCAGAAUAACUCAGGUGAAAGGUUACAUCCAUCCUUCCUUCUCCUUCCAUUGCUGUGCUGCCUGCACUUUAGACUUUUAUCCAUUGUGCACAGAUAGCCGUAGUAUCCCAUAUGUCAGACAGAUAUCACUUACUAGGACUGUGACUUCCUAGAAUCACAUGGGACUGUAAAUCAGUUGCGACGCGUUACAGAACUUUCUGAAGAUCCCAUGUGAUUAACAACGACAUUCAUUCUGGAAAGUUGGACAACAAUGACGAAAUCAAAGAAAAAAAAGAAGAUAAAAGUUGGAAAAGGAUUUCUGACAUAAUCUGAAUCACCCAGAAGAGGGAGAAAAUAUAGAAGGAAAAAAAAUGGCUGAAGAAGAAAAUGUGAAGAAGUUAACCACUGACAAUGUGAAGCAUAUUGGUGUUAAAAAAAUGAGUUUUAAAAAAAACAGAUCUUUGUGAACGUGUUCGUUAUUACAUCGUUGUAAAUGAUAUCAUUCAAGAAAAAAGAAAUCCUUUAGUUUUGCCAAAUUAAUGCUGAAUUUAGAUUAUAGUAUACAACAAAGAAAAAAGAAGGUAAUCACUUAAUGUAUUGUGUUCUUAAAAAAUUCAUUAAAAAACUGCAUUUAUGUUGUUAAAAUUAUCCUUUUUUGAAAAAAAAAUAAUUAAAUAUAUAGUAUUUAGAGAUCGCACGGGGUUUAUUAAUUUAGGAAUAAAAGAUGAUAAUGCUACGUUACUGCCAAAAAGAAAAUAAUAACGACAUAAAAGAUUCGAUAUAAUGAAGAUGAUGUAUUAUAUGAGGUAAUGAAAGAAAGUUUCAUUUUUUGUAUGUAUUAUAUUAUCCAUAUCGUAUAUAUUUGUUUUAUAAUAUGCUACGUAUGACGUAACAAAAGUUGUUUUUGUUCAAGAAAUUUUUGUACGAUUUAUCAUUUAUUAUGUAAAUAAUUAUAAUUAUUACUGAAUAGGUUUAAAAAAAGGAAAAAAAAAGAACAUAUCGAGAUCCUUCU